AUGAGAUAGGAGAAUUGUGAAGUGGAAUGUUGUGACAAAGGUAUUAUGAUUGAAGACAAAUGUAAGUGUGACAUAGGAUCAUUUGGAGAUGAUUGUUAUCAUAAUUUGUAAGACAUUUAUGUUGCCCCAUAUUAUACCUUUAUUGGGAUCUAUUGUGUUGCAUUCUUUUUGAUAUUAUUCAUAACUAUAAGACAAUUUUAAACUUCUUUAAAGACCUAAAGAAUCCCAAAUUAUUAUACGUAAUUUGAUGUAAUAAUAUAUUAGUUGCUAUUAAUAUGCAUAUGCACUAAUUGGAUCCCCUCAGAACUAUAUACUAGUAUUGACAAUAGUAUUAUCAAUAUGUAAAUUAAUUUGGCUGAUUCUGGAUCCUUUUGAAGUCUAUGUAACUUAAUUUAGUCAUAAAGCUUAUAGAGAGGAAAUACUAUAGUCAUAGAAAGGCUACUAGCAGAAAUAGUAUAUACGAUAUUGUUCUAUAUAUAUGGUUGCUUAUUGAUUGUGUGGUAUACAAUGUAUGAUGAGAUUUCAUAUAAUAUCUAUUAAGGAGAAGAAAAAAAGGCAAGGAAAUGGAUAUUUACAUAUUAUAAGGAGACAAUGAAAUUAAGAUUGUUUAUAGUACUGUUGGUUUAGAUAACAGUAAGUACAUUAAAUGGUAAAUUAAAUAAUAAUGUAAGGUUUUAGGAAAGGAGUACAGUAUCCUAUCUUUUUGAUGAUAUGUUACAUAUUUUUGAUGGCUAAUUUCUUUUUAUUUAUAAUAGAAUUUAUAAUAUAUGGAUCUUCAUUGUAAACUUGUAUAAAGGAUUAGAUUAUAAUAUGUAGAUAAUAGUUUAGAAUGUAAUANCAAAUUAUAUAUUUGCCUUAAUAUGUUAGUUGA